AAAUUGUCAAAGAAUUCGCUAAAAAUUCCUACACAUUGUCAAAUAUUUUCCUCACAUUGUAUGUAAAUUAGCAAUAGCGUACACAUUACCCUACAGUUAUGGUCCAGCUUAUUUCGUUACUGUCAGGCAUAAAAAUUAAACCACCAGCACAACUGUCAGUCGCAAUAACUUAGCAAGAGAGAAGAAGUUCAGAGAUGAGGAUGGUGACAGAAGCAGCAGCAUGGGCACCUGCCAUGGCUCCUACGGCUUCUUCCCCACAAGACCAAGACGGGAUUCGCUUCUUGCUCGACAGGCACUACGCCUUGCAUGGAGAAGUCAUGAUGGUGGUUGUGAUUCUGCUGUUUGCUGCCUUCAUUUUCUGCCUUCUCGUGUUUCCCUGUCUCCGGCGAGCGAAGAAUCGUCACCUGCAAUCUUCAAACGAUGAAGACUCCGACGUCGUCGGGAAGCCGAGUAGUUGUUUUUCAUCAUGGUUUAUGAAGAGGAGGACAGAUGGAGAUGGUGCAAGCUCAACAGAGUUGCCAUUGAGGAGGUAUAUUAGCAGUGAAGUUACAAGAAACCCUAGUUCAUAACAUUGCGAUUUCAACGCACCUUUUUUUUCCCUCUUGCACGCUCUUGUUUUGGAUUGAUUAUAAUGAACCACAAUAAACGGAUAGAAAUAAACAAGAACUUGCAGAAGGAGAAAAAUGGUGUGUGAAUAUCAUAGGGAAAUUUGCAUGGGAGAUUGAGUGUCUGGGCUUUGUAUGGGUAUGACAUGUAAUCUGGGAUGUGGUUGUAAUGAGAGCCUUCCAUAUCGGUAUUACUGUUAAAUGUCUUUUUCAUCCCUACAGCUAUUCUAAAUUAGGCUUAUAUUUCUGUGUAAUUACAUGGUUUGAAUUGUUAAUCACACACCUAAUACGUUUCUAUUUUCAUUCAUUAUUUUCUGCUAAA